AGGGGUGAAAGUACUCGUCACAUCGAUGCAUCUUGUCUCACCAUGAUACCCGUAAUAAUUCCAUAGUAAUUUUAUAUAAUUACUCCACUCCUAUUCUACCUCUGCUUGUACUUCAUCACUCAUUUUUAUUUGUAUUCAAGCUUUUGAUGUUCAGACUUAGAUUUGCAAAGGAUUUGAGAUACUAAACUUACAUUAAGGUUACUGCAAUUCUCAAAAUGGACGAUCAAGUAACGAGAUUGACGGAGAAGGUUUGGGGUAUAUUACACGAUUAACUUUCUAUGUCAAUGUUGCAGAGUUGAAUAGAGAGCUAAUCAACUGGUUUAGAGAAUUUCCAAUCUAUACCUCCUAAUGCAAGAUAUCUCGUCGCCGUAUCCGGGAUUCCUGGGUCAGGUAUUUACAUUUCUCCAUCCCCUUCGCUUUCCUCAUCACAUAUCUCCAAAUAACACAUCCUCUCAGGAAAAACCACCCUCGCAGCAACCGUAACUAAACGACUCAAUGCCCUCCAAGAAAGCCAUUCAAACAAGGCCUCUCUCUCCCCAAUCGCCGGUUUCAUCCCCAUGGACGGCUACCACCUAACACGAGCCCAAUUAUCCGCCAUGCCAGACCCAGCACACGCACACGCUCGACGAGGCGCGGAAUUCACAUUCGACGGCUCAUCAUUCCUAUCUCUCAUCCAGAAGGUCCGCGAACCUCUUACUUCCUCUACCAUCACCAUCCACGCUCCUUCCUUCGAUCACGCGCUCAAGGAUCCCAAAGCUAAUGAUAUACCGAUUGAACCUACAACGCGCAUAUUAGUUUUUGAGGGGAAUUAUUUAUCGUUGGAUAAGGAACCUUGGAGGAGCGCUGCGAAAUUGAUGGAUCAGUUGUGGUUUGUGGAUGUCGAUUUUGAGGUUGCGAAGAAGAGGUUGAUUCCGAGACAUGUGAGGGCGGGGAUUGCGGAGAAUGAGGAGGAGGCGGAAAAGAGGGUUGUUGAGAAUGAUUUAAUUAAUGGGGAGGAGAUUGUGAAGGGGAGGAUGACGGUUCAUGAGGUUAUUGUUAGUACGGACGAUGUAGCUUGGAAGUAGGUAGUUUGUGAUUGAAAGAGUAAACACCAUAUUGUAGCUCGUGGCAGUCUGGAGAAGUAAAGAAAAAGUGAUGUCUCACGUCUAUCCAUUCAUGUUGAAAAUGUAGCUGGUCUAACCUAGCCAUGAAUUCUUCACUACUUCUGCGUCUCUUAAGAGCCGUAGUACAUCAGAGACUAAAUAAAGACUGCCUGCAACAACGAUAGGUCCACCUUGAGCAACAGUGGCAGCCCAUCUUAAUGCUCCAGAAAUAUCUGAUUCCGAAUCAUGAAGACAAGUGGUAGAAAUACCAGCUGUCGAGGCUGCAUGUAAAAUAUCUUCAGUAUCCAUAGCUUGAA